AAAUUGAGUGUCGAGCUGCAAAACCUCAAUUGGCAGAUUAUCAUCAUUUAAGAGCCACCGGAUGCCGGAAACGGGGAGUCCCUGAGCGCCCGGAGCUGGAGACACUCUCGGCUUCAGCCUUGGACAUCUUUCGAGGAAGUGAGAAAGUUGGCACGGUCACCCAGGACUUCGCAGGACCCGGUCACUCAGUGACAGAUGGACAAUGCAAGAAUGAGCUCCUUCCUGGAAUACCCCAUCCUCAGCGGUGGCGACUCGGGGACCUGCUCAGCGCGAGCCUACCCCUCCGACCACGGAAUUACAACUUUCCAGUCGUGCGCGGUCAGUGCCAACAGCUGUGGCAGCGACGACCGCUUCCUAGUGGGCAGGGGUGUGCAGAUCAGCCCGCCCCACCACCACCACCACCAUCACCACCCCCAGCCGACCACCUAUCAGACUUCUGGGAACCUGGGAGUGUCCUACUCCCACUCGAGUUGUGGUCCAAGCUACAGCGCGCAGAACUUCGGCGCGCCUUACAGCCCCUACGCGUUAAAUCAGGAAGCAGAAGUAAGUGGUGGGUACCCCUCGUGCGCUCCCGCUGUUUACUCUGGAAACCUCUCAUCUCCCAUGGUCCAGCAUCACCACCACCACCAGGGUUAUGCCGGGGGCGCGGUGGGCUCGCCUCAGUACAUUCACCACUCAUAUGGACAAGAGCACCAGAGCCUGGCCCUGGCCACGUAUAAUAACUCCUUGUCCCCUCUCCACGCCAGCCACCAAGAAGCCUGUCGCUCCCCUCCAUCAGAGACCUCUUCUCCAGCACAGACCUUUGACUGGAUGAAAGUGAAAAGAAACCCUCCCAAAACAGGGAAAAUUGGAGAGUAUGGCUACGUGGGUCAGCCCAAUGCGGUGCGCACCAACUUCACCACCAAGCAGCUCACGGAGCUGGAGAAGGAGUUUCACUUCAACAAGUACUUGACACGCGCCCGCAGGGUGGAAAUUGCUGCGUCCCUGCAGCUCAAUGAGACCCAGGUGAAGAUCUGGUUCCAGAACCGCCGAAUGAAGCAGAAGAAACGGGAGAAGGAGGGUCUCUUGCCCAUUUCUCCAGCCACUCCGACGGGAAGCGAGGAGAAGGCUGAAGAAUCCUCAGAGAAGUCCAGCUCCUCGCCCUGCGUUCCUUCCCCGGGUUCUUCUACCUCAGACACUCUACCUACCUCCCACUGAGGCUGCCCCAGCCCCACUCAGCAGCCUGGGCUACUCCUCAGGCUGGGACUUCUUACCCAAAGCACAUUAGCUUAUCUUCCUUUCCAUUUACAAUCUCUCUCUUCCUUUCUGAUCCUAUCUGGGGAACUCCUGGCUGGGGAUAAUGUGUUUCCAGAGAAUUCUGGAUGAGAGACUUGAUGGGGGGGGGGGAGGGGUGUUAGCUCCCUAAGGCAGCUGGAGUGCCAGCAUCAAUUUUCUGAUGGCCCCUAACACCCCUACUUUUAGGAGAUUUCGAUUGAACCUACUGCUCCUUUCAGAUGCUCUUUGGAAAAUGGUCUCCUUUGCCAGCAGAAAUAUAUCAGAGGAAGGCCUCUCAUCCUUUAUCUAUCUGUAUAUUUACAGUUCUCUCCUACUUUGCCCUGAAAGUAGGCUGGAGAGAGAGAAGAGAGUCCAAGAGCUCAUGAAGAAGAGGUUCUCUAUGAGCGUGUUUACACAAUUAAUUCAUCCCUUAAUUUAAUUUAAUUCCAUGUGCGUGAGUUUGCUGGUUGUAAAUACUUUGUCCUGAAAGAUUUAUCUUUAUACAGAUUUUCUAGAAAUGUUUAGAUUAAAACAGGGUGGGCAAACUCUCAAAGCUGGUACAACUUUGUAUGUGAUUAUAGGUUAAAGAAUAAAAGUUCUCACUUAAAAUCAAUCAGAUGCCUCAGAGGGUAGCCUCAGUUUGUUCUUUCAGUGAGUUAAGAAGGCCUGCAGAAUACAAGGGUCAGAAACCUUGCUUCCUGGGCUAAAUCUCUCCCCAUCC